UUAGCUAGCGCGAGCGAGCUUUCGUUUCCCAGUAAGCUAGCUAGCUUGGCCCCUCUCGCCGGCGCCUCUCUAUAAAAAGGACUCGAUCGAGAGCUCCAGCCACUCUCAUGAUUUACAUCUAUAUCUGUUUAUCUCUCGUGUGUGCUCGAUCCGGUGCCUCAUCGCCAUCUCUGUAAAAUUCUGUAGCCAAAAUUAAAGAUCUUAGUUAUUGCCGGUAGCUAGCUAGCUGCUUGGCUGGUUUCUGUAUAGGUAGCUUAUUAAUUGGGAGGAUUAAUUAGUUGUUGUGUUACCUCUGAGCUCGAUCUGGUCAGCUGGUUAAUUUGCAUCGACGUCGUCGUCUGGCCGGCCGGGAGGGAGGGAUCGGAGGGAUCGAUGGGUCUGAGGGAGAUUGAGUCGACAUUGCCGCCGGGGUUCAGGUUCUACCCGAGCGACGAGGAGCUGGUCUGCCACUACCUACACAAGAAGGUGACCAACGAGCGCGCCUCGCAGGGGACGCUGGUGGAGGUCGACCUCCAUGCUCGCGAGCCAUGGGAGCUUCCCGACGUCGCGAAGCUGACGGCGAGCGAGUGGUACUUCUUCAGCUUCAGGGACCGCAAGUACGCGACGGGUUCGCGCACGAACCGCGCCACCAAGACGGGCUACUGGAAGGCCACCGGCAAGGACCGCGAGGUGCGCAGCCCGGCCACGCGCGCCGUCGUCGGCAUGAGGAAGACGCUCGUCUUCUACCAGGGCCGCGCCCCCAACGGCGUCAAGUCCGGCUGGGUCAUGCACGAGUUCCGCCUCGACUCGCCGCAUUCUCCACCGAAGGAGGACUGGGUGCUCUGCAGAGUGUUUCAGAAGAGCAAGGGAGACGGCGAGCAAGAAAACGCCACCAGCGCGGCCUCGCCGGCGACCUUCGCUGGCUCGUCGCGGGUGGCGGCUGCGCCGGACGUCCGAGCCGCUUACAGCGACCAGACAGGCUCGUCGACGGGAUUCGCGCCAAGGCAGAGCGAGAUACUCGACAGCUCAAACCAUCAGUUGCUGAACUUGGCCAUGUUCCAGUGCAACUCGGUUCUUGACCAUUUCCCGCAGGAGGUGAGCAGCUCGCCGAUGAUGGGGCUAGGGUCCAUCGGAAUUGGGGAUGAUCAAUACGGCUUCUUCUACGACGUCGGCUUCGAGGAGACGGCGAACCUCGGAGCGGGCAUGAGGUUCCCGCAAGGGUGGAGUUGAUGCCCGGUCGAUUGUGCAGUGAGAUCAUCGCGACAGCAUUUGUGAAGGAAAAAAAAUGAUUGAAUUGAUUCCAUUGAUACGGUUUCUUCCCCAAGAAAUAAAAUAUUGCUACUGUAGGUAGUGUUUGGUUUAAAUUGCAGCCUGCAUGAGAUGGUUCGGUCAAUUUGAAUUGUAUAUAUAGUGUGUGGAGUCAAAAGGUAUUGCUCUACUCUUAUGUAAGUUGAUACAAUCCAUCACCCCAAGUUCCGGUUCAUAGAUCAAACGAUCUCUGAGCUAUCAGACUGGAUUUGUUAUUACAAA